AUGUCAUAUAUAUCUUACCUAACUAAUACACAUAUAUUCUUAUCUGGCCCCCUUCACUCAACCCCUUCUAUCUCUUUAUAUCACUUCCUCCCUUCUUUUUUCCCCUGCAUCUCCCUUUCUCCCUCUGCAAGAUUACUGAUUCUAGGUGAUUGUUUUCCAAGCAAGGAGAGGGGAGAUAUGGCGGAUUUCAAUGAAAGCGAAGGAUUUGUUGUCUCUCAGGACAACCAGGCAGCGACUGGGGGAAACAAAUAUGGAGGACUUGGUCCCAAAAAAAAGCCUUUGAUUUCUAAGGACCAUCAACGGGCCUUCUUUGACUCUGCUGAUUGGGCCUUAUGCAAGCAAGGUGCGUCUGGAGUGAACGAAAAUUCAACAGUGGCAAUUGAGACUCUCCGACCAAAAUUACAGAGAACACCACACCAACAACUUCCCCCUAGAAGACCUGCUUGUACAUCUGGUCCAGCUAGCCAUGUAAGUACCUCAAAUGGAGUUAAUUGAAGACUGUGUCGAUCUCGCACUUAAUAGUCCAAAAAUCGACAACGAACACCCCUAACCUUUAGGGAUGAUAUUGGUGCAAGAGGAGUAGAUCGAUCGGGAUAUAUGGUCAUAUCAGAUAGAAAAGAAUUUAGUUAGUGUCGUUUUUACAGGACUUUAAUUGUUGACAUUGGACAACAAUACAGUUCUUGAAACACUCCUUUUAAUGUCAACUUUGCUCUUUUAUAUUAAUAAAAA